AUGUUACCUGCAGUACUGGCAGCCAACGGUCCGAUGGUCCCUGACUACGAAGUGCACCUUCUGAUGGAUCCCACUGUGGUUCUCGGUUCAGACUUCAAACUCACUCCCACGGUGCUAUCUACCUUUGCCAUGCCAACAACAGUUACAAAGAUCAAUGUACAAUAUCUUGACACAACUGCGGAAGAUCUUCAUGUUAAUGGAUGGAGCUGCCGUGUCCGCAACAUCGAGAAUGAGAGCGGCUUUGACCUUACCUACAAGUGGCGUCUUCCCGUUAACAACGGGGAUAUCACAGGUGCUUUGAACACAGCUUUCAGUUAUGGCUGGAAUUCAGGCCAAGGCAACUACGACGCACAAAUCGAUUGGCUCUAUGCUUCACAAACACUAUCUAUUCAAAGGGAUUAUACAGCUUCAUCCAAAGGCUAUAGUGGAACGGAUGAUCCAAGCGAGAAAGACUCACGAAGCAUGCUUGAAUCCAACGCACCAGAUAUGUUCAAUGACUGGGUAUCCGACGACUGGGGUACAGAUAUGCUGAAGAACGCAGUCAUUUAUGGUCCGGUUCUUACUAAGCGCUCUACCGGAACAUGGAACGGUGUUGAGCUCGACAUAGAGGUCUGGCCGAUCGAGAACUCUAGUGGCACUGGAAUUGAGUAUAUCGUUGAAGCGUCUUUCAAGACAUCCGAUUACGACUCUGCUUCAACUGGACGCGAUCAAUUGAUUACCCUCUUGCAGGGCAAGGGUUGGUUUUUGGCAGAGAGUGUUUCAAAGGAGGAUUUAGUCAUGGAAAAUUACCACCCUACUUCAUAA